AUUGAACCCUGAAACCAGAUAAAACAGAGAAAGACACCAAUUAAAACCCCUGAGUUAUUUUUUUACUAAAGCCCUUGGAUGUCAUUUUGUAUUAAAACCCUAGGGUUUUUAGAACCCUGAGCAGACCAUAACAGAGUUAUCGUACAUAGCGCGAAAAUACAAUCUACGUAUUGAAUAAUUUACAGAUUAGUAUUUAUUAAGCUGCUGCCUCCCAUGGGUAGCUAAGUUUAAACUUUGUGGCUGAGUUAAACUUAAAAGAAAUAUUAUCCAUUAAGCUCUAAACCUUGGAGCUUCAAAUAAUAAAAUGAACAAAAUUAUGUACUUCAGCUUUUUAGCUGCCUUCUUAUUCAUCGGGUUUCAAGCUACGUUCGCACUAAAUGUUCCCGGGUGCAUAACAAACUACCAACCUGCAUCGCAUGACUGCAGAUGGAAAUCGGGACUGGACUUGGACGCCGAUUUGACCAUUUUGGGAGCCAGGAUUCAAUCCUACGGGAUUCAGUGGUUUUCCGGAAGAUGGUCCCACUACGUUAAAGGGAACGAGGACAUCGAUUGGGUCAAGACGGAAGAAGAAACUUGCAACGGUGCUCAAUCCCUGGCAGGACAAGAGAGGCGGGUUUGGUCGUAUUUUUUCGAUCACCCGCAUUACUACGUGAUUUGUCCGGUGUCCUAAAAUAUAAGACAAAGCAUCCAGCAUUGAUUUCUUGUAGCAAAACAUUGGCCUUUUGAUACAAAAUCUAGCGAAUAUAUAAUGCUAGGAUUCAAAAUUACUUGGUAUUCCUCGCAUCAUAAAAGUGGUUACGACGAGUUAGGAGAUUUUCUAAAGGCGGUAACACUUCGUCAUGAAAAAUUGCAUUACUAACAAGGCACAUGUUAAACAUGUUCCUUCUGGAUCUAAACAUAAGCAGAAGUAAAGAAAAUCAAGGAACUAACCAUAAAGAAGCUUUGGUUGUGGCACCUCUGCAAGAUUUACGGCUUAUAAUGGUUAAAAUUGGCAAUAACGCGCAUUUUCAUUUAUGAGUUAUGCACAUAGUGAAAAUGGGCGUAUUUGACAAAAUACAAACUUGAUAAGUAAUUUCGAAUUGUGCAGAAGUGCUGAAAUGUUGUUCGUGUUUAUACAUAUACUUGAUUUUUGGUGUUGGUAUUAAGAAAAUCCGGGAGAAACAUGUCUGACAUGCGCCUCGUACGGUUAAGAUUGUCACGAUAAGCUUGACUACUUUUUUCUUCGUAAACCAAAUAUUUUGCGAUGUUAAAGAUACCCAGAUAAUUGUGAAUAUGUUAUGUGUGAGAAAUACAAAUAAAUUAUUGUGCAUCAUGUAUAAAUAAAUUACGAAA